AUGGCGGAGGCUAAGCAACGCAAGUCGGUCGCUUUCAGCGAAGGUUCAGUCAUUAUGGAUACGAACGGCGAAGUCACAGAAGCCCCCCAGGCUGUUGAGAAGCCUGUCGAGGAGAAGCCCACCGGCGCGGACGAGCAAGUCGACGAAGUCACCGAGAUGUUCAAGGGCCUGUCCAAGAAGAAGAAGACGACAAAGAAGCCCAAGGAUGAAGGCGAGGGCGACGAAGCCGCAGCUACCCCCGACGGCGAGUUCGACCCUACCGCGCUGAAGAAAAAGAAGAAGAGGACUACCAAGAAGGCCGACACAGGCGAUUUCGAAGCCAAGCUGGCCGAGGCCGAUGUCGCGGAGCAAGGUGCGGACGAGAAGGACGAGAUCCCCGAGGGCGACCUUGAAGCUGGCACCGGUAUCUGGGCCCACGAAUCGACGCAAGCCAUCCCGUACUCGCUCCUCGUCAACCGUUUCUUUUCCCUCAUCCAGAGCCACCACCCCGACAUGCUCUCCAGCGGUACCAAGUCGUACAAGAUCCCGCCGCCUCAGUGUCUGCGUGAAGGUAACCGUCGUACCAUUUUCGCCAACAUUGCCGAUAUCUGCAAGCGUAUGAAGCGUUCGGACGACCACGUUAUGCAGUUCUUGUUCGCCGAAUUGGGUACCAGCGGAAGUGUCGACGGUGCCAGACGUUUGGUUAUCAAGGGUCGUUUCCAGCAGAAGCAGAUUGAGCACGUCCUCAGAAGAUAUAUCGUCGAAUACGUUACCUGCAAAACCUGCCGCAGCCCCGAUACCGAACUCAACAAGGGUGAGAACCGUCUGUACUUCGUCACCUGCAACUCGUGCGGUUCUCGUCGUUCGGUCGCCGCCAUCAAGACUGGUUUCCGUGGACAGGUCGGCCGCAGAAAGCGCCAGGGUUAA